AAAUAGCAGUACUUGGGAUUAAUCGCCUGCAAAAUUCCCGGGGUAAAAGGUCAGAAUUGCCGCCUACGCCUUUGAAGACUGCAAAGGCAAUGGCAGGACUAGACUGGCACGGGGGCGCCUGGUCCGGCACGGCGCUGCUGUUGCUACAAGCUGCCGCCGCAAAUAAGCAUUGGACACAUGCCAAUGGUUUUGGUUUUUGACAAGGUCAUGGUCAUGCACACAGGGGAGGGCCGGCAACUUCCUUUCACUUUCAGCCAAUAUAACCGUAACUCUCCCCAGACUAUGUGCUCUGAAUUUUCAGCUGAAUGAUGAUAGAAAAAUGAUUCAUUGAUUUUGACAAUUUGUACUUUCUAUUCGACUUUAGCCUGUUCGCUUGAGCUUAUCUACCGAAUCUACCAGUCAUUCAGCAGUAUUUUUCUAUCACAAUAAAUCAGCGAACAAUACUUUCAACAAUGACUUUCUGCCAAAUGAACAUGCUUACAUGUUCUCUGCGAAGUCAUCGCCUCAUAAUAUAUUAGUAGAAUUCUAUUACAGCAUGCAGACAUGUAUUCAAACUGGAUAGGAUAUGCAUAUUUGACUAACGUCUAUUGCACUGGCAGGUGCGUCCGGCCAGGACUUUGACCAGGGGCGAAGAGAAAAAGACCAGAGAGGGCUGCUAAAUUUCCAUCCAAGCCGGCGCCGGGUAUGUGCUGACAUUGUGACAACUGCGGCACCAGGGAAAAGGCGAUCAAAACAUGUGGAUGACAAAGAAGCUUGCCAUCACGGUUCUGCUCAUGCUUACUUCUCUGCUGACAGCACGGUAUUUGAUAGAGCACAGUGCGAAUUCGGGGAUAUCUCGGUAUCAAAUCCUCCAUCUGGUUCACCUGGACUGGUUCAAGAGCCCAGCGGAUGCACGAGAAACCACCACUCUGGAAGUAGCAGUAGUAACAACAGCAGAUGCUCCUCCAGCUUCAAACAGCUCGGAUUCCAGAAACUCCUCCCCUGAAGUGUUUCAGUGGCUAUACACAUGGAACCAGAUGAAGCAGUUAGCCAACAUCACCAACGGCCUUCCUCAUGCGAGCGAGGCGAUCAGCGAUGGGAGAACUGCAUGGGAAAACUUGACAGCAUCAGUUCAGAAUGCAAGCUCUCAGCACAGAGAGAAAGAGAGACUCUGCCCGUACUCAAUUCGCAGAAUGGAUGCUUCCAAGUCGGAGAAUGGCAUCUUUACCAUUGAUGUACCCUGUGGGCUGAUUGUAGGUUCUUCAAUAACUCUUAUAGGAACUCCUGGAGUACUCUCUGGUAACUUCUGGAUUGAUCUUGUUGGGACGGCACUUCCAGGGGAAUCUGAAAAGCCUAUUGCACUGCAUUACAAUGUCCGUCUGAAUGGCGACAAGGUUACUAAAGAUCCAGUGAUAGUGCAGAAUACCUUCACCGCAAACAAUGGCUGGGGGGUUGAGGAUCGCUGUCCCAGCACUAACUAUAGCAAUGCAACUGAAGUGGAAGAUCUAGAGAGAUGUAAUGCCAUGGUGGGCACAGAAGAGGACAUAAAUAACUCAAAACAUCAUACAGCUGCCAAACAUGGAGAGCCAAGCAAGUAUUUUCCAUUUAAACAGGGAUACCUUGCUAUUGCAACACUGCGUGUAGGAUCGGAGGGUAUCCAUAUGACAGUUGAUGGGAAACAUGUCACUUCAUUUGCAUAUAGGGCGGGUUUGGAACCAUGGUAUGUAACUGAAGUAGGAAUUUCUGGUGAUUUCAAACUUGUAAGUGCGAUUGUAAGCGGCUUGCCCACAUCAGAAGACUUGGAGAACUCUAAUAUUGAAGCGUUGAAGUCACCACCUAUUCCAGACGACAAAGAUGUAGACCUUCUGAUUGGCAUCUUUUCAACAGCAAACAACUUCAAGCGUAGGAUGGCAAUUCGAAGGACAUGGAUGCAAUAUGACGCUGUGCGCCAAGGAGCAGUAGCAGUCCGAUUUUUCGUUGGCCUGCAUACAAACCUAAUGGUAAAUGAGGAACUCUGGAAUGAGGCACAAACGUAUGGUGACAUCCAGGUGUUGCCUUUUGUUGAUUACUACAGCCUGAUAACAUGGAAGACACUAGCAAUAUGCAUUUAUGGGACCAGUUCACUAUCAGCCAAGUAUCUGAUGAAAACAGAUGAUGAUGCUUUUGUCCGUGUAGAUGAGAUCCAAUCCACAGUAAAACAGCUUAAUGUCAGCCAUGGGCUACUUUAUGGUCGCAUAAAUUCUGAUUCCAGUCCCCACAGAAAUCCUGAAAGCAAAUGGUACAUAAGCGAAGAGGAAUGGCCUGAAGAGAAAUACCCACCAUGGGCUCAUGGACCAGGAUAUGUAGUUUCACAAGACAUUGCAAGGGCAAUCAACAAUUGGUAUAAAGCAAGUCGCUUAAAGAUGUUCAAACUAGAGGAUGUAGCAAUGGGCAUAUGGGUAAAUGAUAUGAAGAAAGAUGGAUUACCAGUCAAAUAUGAAACAGACAAGAGAAUUAACAUUGACGGAUGCAAUGAUGGGUACGUUGUUGCUCACUACCAAGAACCAAGACAUCUGCUAUGCAUGUGGGAGAAGCUCCUAACGACACAACAAGCAGAAUGCUGCAGUACUAAGUAAUGGAUAAGGAACUUCAAUGCUUAGAUGUUGGCCCGGUUUAUGUAUCAGGCCACUCGCUAACUUUGCGAUAACAACAAAGAAGCCUUUAACAUCAAUUUUUUUUUCUGGUGCGCAGCACUAAUGUAAUUAAACUCAAUGAAUUACACAGAUAAAGUUAGUUCACCUCAUCCCAGCUUAUCUAUAUUUCCAGAGAAUGUUUUUUAAGAGAUACUAAAAGUCAGGAGAAAUUUAAUAUUUUGUUGCAUCUAACAUUAUGGGGAUACAAGCACUCCAGGUGUAUAAA